AUGGCCAUGUACAAUCUCUAUCCUUUCCGGAUAAGGAUAUUUCUGAUCAAAGGAAUAUUGCAUCUAGCUGUAGGAGAGGCCCUAGAGCUAUCUGAGCAAUAUACAGGAAGCGGGACUCCUGACAUAGUGACACUCAGACACCCAAAUACAGGAGAAGCAGCUGUGUUCUUAUUUUCUCCUGCAAACAAUUCUGUCCAAGAAGUUCUUACUUUUAAUGAAGGGAAGAGAUCAUGGUUCAUUGAUGAAACAGUUAAAAGUGAUGGCAAGAUGCAUCUGUCUACCCCUAUUGAUCCAAUAUUUUUAGGCCAUUCCAUUAGAUCAACUUUAAGAGAUGAAGAAUUUCCAGAAACUGAAAGACUACUCAAUCUAGUGGGUGAUGAAGAGUUAAAUGCAUUUAAAUAUAAUGAAGAAAGGACAUUGAUGUGGUUGAAGAAAAAAAUUGAAAGGGUGGCAGAGAUACUGAAGCAAAGAAGAACAUUCAUGUUGGUGGUGGUGCAGCAGUUUCUGCUACAUUUGUCAAAAGAAGAAAAUAGCAAUUCUACUAGUGCAAGGAUGGGAUCAAACGUACUAGAUUUGAGUAAACCAGGGGCCCCGCCGUACCCACCUCAAACCCAGUCCCCAGCACCAUCGACAAAGGAGAAGGCUCGAGCGAAAGCAGCCAGUGGAUCAAAGAGUAUCACCUCCUUUUUCAAAAAGUCGUAA